AUGAGUCCUUCCCAGCCCAGAAGCUACCACCUUCGAUAAUGAAGAAGUUGGUUCGGGUGAUUUCGAUUUUCCUGAGAUCACCCUUGACCCAUUUUUUUGUUGCUGAUCCUGAUUUAACAAGAGAGAAUAUCGUAUGUCCUCCUGAAUGGAUCGAGGUUGAAAAAGCAGAAUCUCUUGAGAAAAAAAAACGAGCAGUUUGUGAAAUGCUGCUCAAUCCUACAACCGAAGUGCCAUUUGUAAUGAAGGCCAUAUCAGUCGAUUUUAAUUUAAAAUCUGUUUCUUUCUUCAUGCUGGGGAAACUACUACCUGGUCCUAGCAAUCCUGUGCCGUUUGAGACUGUUUCUGACAUCAAUGCAAUCUUAGAUUCUUUUCACAAAAAAAAAGUUUGUAUGGGAUUUAAAGUUGCUUCCUAUGCCUGCGCAAAAGAAGUCUCAACAGGUUGUCUCAUUAAUGGUUCUUGGUAUUUAAAACAGUGCCUUAACUUGUGUGAAGAUGGAAAAUCUCUCUGCUCCAUGUGUCACCUUUUUAAGGAAAGUGUAACCCGAAGACAACUCCGGAUGCGUGCAAAAGAACUGUUGCUUAAGUCCAUUUCCAAAACAAACAAAUCUCCAAGGAAAAAUAGGAAAAUUAAGGCCUACAGGUUCAUGUGUAAAGAGGCACUUAUCGAGGAUCUGAAAUUCGUCAAAAGCAGGCUGAGAAAUCGGGAAAAGGCAUUAGCCCAUGAACGACUCCGAGUUCAGAGGCUGCAAGCUGAAGUCAAGCAGGCACGGAUUGAUGUGUCAAAUUUUAAAGAAGAGACUAUCCAAGAGUAUUUAAUGCCGUUAGGACAUCAGGUAGUUUAGGAAUUCCUUAUUGGAACUGCUGUUUUCUUUCUUUCUAAUAACUUCUAGACUUUACAUCUAAAUGACACAAAUCUGAACGAUUCCUUUACGUCUUUUUACAAGCUUUUCUUGUUUAAAAACUUUUUUAUUGUGUACUCUACUUCCAUUUCAAAAACUUAUUUAUUAUGAAAUGAAUAGUAUAAACAAUUUUCUUUGGGUAAUAACGAUAUACAGAUGUACUAUUACUCAUUGAUUAAU